AUGGAUACCCAUCAGGCAAGGGUAUCCAUAUUCAACUUCCAGUUAUUCAGGCACGUAGAGACCCCAGGAUGGAAGCUGAGUUGGGAGUGGAGCAACUUAGAAGUGAUAUGGAACAUAGUUGGGGCGGAGGCAACAGAGCAGGGCGACUGCUCCAGGAUCAAAGGGUCUCAACUCCCGCACUCAUGCGAGAAGAAGCCUGUGAUCGUUGAUUUGCUUCCAGGGACGCCCUACAACAUGCAGGUGGCCAACUGCUGCAAGGGAGGCGUGCUAUCGUCCAUGACACAAGACCCCACCAAGUAUGGCGCUGCUUUUCAAAUGAAUGUUGGGAUGGUUUCUCAAGCUAUCGCCAAUAUGACAAUGCCAGGGAAUUUCAGCCUUGGCCUCCCUGGCUACAGCUGCAGUGAACCAUUUAAUGUCACACCCAGCAAGUUCUCUUCUGACAAUGGACGUAGAUGGACACAAGCUCUCAGAACAUGGAAUGUAACAUGCAGUUACUCACAGGUCCUGGCAUAUGCUGCCCCGACCUGCUGUGUUUCAUUGUCUGCUUUCUACAAUGAAACCAUAGUUCCAUGCCCACGAUGUAGCUGCAGCUGCCAAGGAAUGCCUGGCACAAAAUGUAUCAAACCUGGUGAAUCGCCAUUGCAGCUUCCACAGAAAGUGCAACCACCAACAGUAAUGUGCUCAAGACAUAUGUGCCCAAUCCGGGUGCACUGGCAUGUGAAGACAAGUUACAGGGAGUACUGGAGGGUUAAAGUGACAGUGACCAACUUAAAUUUUGUCAAGAACUACACCAUGUGGAAUUUGGUGAUCCAGCAUCCAAACUUGCGGAGUAUAGCUCAGAUCUUCAGCUUUAAUUACAAGCCUCUCAAUCUUUAUGGACCAAUCAAUGAUACUGGAAUGUUCUGGGGGAUUCAGUACUACAAUGACUUGUUACUACAAUCAGGAGACAGCGGAAAUGUGCAGACAGAGAUGCUGCUGCACAAAGAUGCAGAGAUUUUUACAUUCAGAGAAGGAUGGGCCUUCCCAAGGAGAAUUUCUUUCAAUGGUGAUGAGUGCGUAAUGCCUUCACCAGAUGAUUACCCAAGACUACCAAAUAGUGGGCCGCCACAUCCUACAAGAGCUAUUAUGAUUUUUUCUUUGUCAAUUUUGCUUACACUGAUAAUUCAAUGUUAGAGAACGCUGUUGUGCUGGUGUUUUACAAACUCAAUAUGGUGACAUAAUAGUGUAUAAAGAAGUUUCUCACAGUGAGUCAAUAGGAAAAUUAUCAUGUCUUCCUUCACAAAAGUGGUAAGCAUUCAUGUGGGUUUUCGUGGGGGUUCUGAUUGGUCAAAACCUUUCUACUAUCAUGUCUUUCCGGCAUCAUAGAUUUUUUCUUAAUUACAAAGAGAUGCAAAACUGAACUCGAUGCAAAAAUUGUAUCCCAUUCAAAGUUACAUUACAAACAGAACCUAAGUAAAAUUUUUUCUUUAUAUAAUUGAGGGAAGAAAGCAUCCAUUACAUUCCUAUAUAUUCAUGGUUCCAGUUACAAUUAAUGAAACCUUAGGGGAGGUUUUCAUAUAUAUAUUAUUCUUCAAUUUAAGAUGGAAAUAUGGACUGCUAUCUUAUGACAAGUGAUUUACAACAUAGCCAGCAUUUUAUUUAAAAGAUAAAAAGCUAACACUUAAGAAAACAAAAUACAAGGGAGAUGUUCAAGCCAACUUGGUGUUACAGACCACCUGCAUUUAUCUAGAACAACCGAUUUAG